GAAGAACAGAUAAAAGAAACCAGAGUUCAAACUUUUCCUAAGCAAAAGGCACUGAGAUUUAUGGUGCAAAAUUAACACGUUAGACUUGGAGACAAACACCAGCAAUGCCUGCAGAUUUCAAUGGUUACUGGAAAAUGCUCAGCAAUGACAAUUUUGAGGAAUACUUGAAAGCACUGGAUGUAAAUGUUGCUGUGAGGAAAAUAGCUUGCCUGCUCAAACCUGACAAAGAGAUCAUUCAGGAUGGAGAUCACAUGAUCAUCAAAACACUAAGCACUUUUAAAAACUACAUCAUGGAUUUUGAUAUAGGCAAAGAAUUUGAAGAGGAUUUAACUGGGGUGGAUGAUCGCAAAUGCAUGACCUGUGUGACGUGGGAUGGAGAUAAACUCCUUUGUGUACAGAAAGGAGAAAAAGAAGGCCGUGGAUGGACCCAGUGGAUUGAAGGAGACGAAAUGCACUUGGAAAUAAGAGCUUGUGGUGUCAAGUGUAAGCAAGUCUUUAAGAAGGUACAGUGAGGAGCCUCUCCUGUCUGCUCCUGCCACUGAGAUAAAGAGGACUGGAUUAGGAUGGAUAGAUUUGCUGCCAAACCUACAAUAGCUGUUAGUG